AUGCUGUGGGCCUUGCUGGAAUUUUUCAUCAAUCAUGUCCUCCUGGCCACCAUUUGUUGCUUUGUGGCCUCCACUGUGGUGCUGCAAUGUUUGACACGAAUCCGCAGCUCCAUGAAGAUCGACCGAGCACAGAAACUGCGAGAUCAGGCUCUCCGGCUGAUGGAGAAACAUGGCAGCGACUUCACGAAACAGCAUGGUGAUGUGGAUGCCGGUGGGAUCCUCUCGCUGUCCCUGGAUGAGCUGGUCAGUCAGUUGAAGAGCGGAUCGCUGUCUCCGGAGGCCGUGCUGCACGUCUAUAUAGAGAAGGCUUUGGAAGUGACACGAGAAGUGAACUGUGUGACCGAUUUCCUGGCAGAGUGUGAGAGACGCAGUUGCAGGAUCUAAAGAAGCAGCCAGAGAAAGGCCUUCUCUAUGGAGUUCCAAUCUCCCUUAAAGACAACAUCGGAUACAAGGGACAUAACAUGCACUGCGGUCUGGUCCAUUUCCUGGGAACGCUGGACGCUGAGGACAGUGUGGUGGUCCAUGUGCUGAAGAAGCAGGGAGCCAUUCCAUUCGUGAAAACCAACGUUCCCCAAUCCCUGAUCAACUUUGAUUGCAGUAACUCCAUUUACGGACAGACUCUGAAUCCACACAAUCACAGGAAGACAUGUGGGGGCUCCAGCGGGGGUGAAGGUGCUCUGGUCGCAGGGGGCGGAGCCAUCCUCGGAGUGGGCACAGACGUUUUGGGAAGUAUCAGAAUGCCGUGUAGUUUCUGUGGAAUCUGUGGCCUCAAACCCUCCGGAGACCGGCUGAGGUCAGUGCUGAAUAUGGGGAAUUAUUUACAGACCUCAGCCACUGUCAAUAUGCCGGGUCCCAUGGCACGAGAUGUGGACAGCCUGGCCCUGUUUAUGAGAGCCGUGCUCUGCGAUGAGCUGUUCCAGUUGGACCCGACCAUCCCCCCGAUACCAUUCAGAGACGAGAUCUAUAAAUCCACAAAGCGCCUGACCAUUGGAUUCUAUGACACCGAUGGAUAUUUCCUCCCUCAUCCGAGUGCGAGGCGAGCAAUCCAAGAAACCAAAGCCCUCCUGGAAGAGGCGGGACACAAGUUGGUUCCAUUUACUCCACCGAGAAUCGAAUACGCGCUGAACGAGCUCUGCAUUCGCGGAUUCUUCGCUGAUGGGGGCAAGACUCUGGCAGAGAAAUUGUGA